UUUCUUCACUUUUUCGCCACUGAGCCGUUUUCGUCGACAUCGUUCUUCGCUGCGCUGUGCUGAAAGUUUGCGGGCGCUCUUGGUGAAAAAUUAAUUAAAAAUAUGAUUUCUCCGGCGUUCAGGAAUCUCGCCCGUCCCGCAGUGCGGCCGCUCGUGCGCCGGUAUGGAGGCGGCGAGGCAUACAAGCCCAUCACCAUGAACGACCUGCCGGUGCCCAAGGGCUCCUGGCAGGAGGCCUACAACGCCAAGCAGAAGAACUACAACACCAUGCUUAUGCUCGGAGUCGCAACCUUCGGCGGCACGCUUUUCGCGGCGUACCAGUCUGGCCUGGUGGUACUAAACACCACCCCCGACCUGAAGAAGAUGAACAUCAAGUGAGACCGGGUAACGGCGUGUGGGUCGGGCGUUGGGUAGGCGCAGCGUGGCAGACCAGCGACCAGUGUGUACUGUGAGUGUAAUGUCAAUAUAUCGCGACGAACCGGA